AUGAGCGCAACGUUCCCGCCGUCGCUGAUGAUGAUGCAGCGCCCGCUGGGGAGUAGUACCGCCUUCAGCAUAGACUCGCUGAUCGGCAGCCCGCCGCAGCCCAGCCCCGGCCACUUCGUCUACACCGGCUACCCCAUGUUCAUGCCCUACCGGCCGGUGGUGCUGCCGCCGCCGCCGCCGCCGCCGCCCGCGCUACCCCAGGCCGCGCUGCAGCCUGCGCUGCCUCCCGCGCACCCUCACCACCAGAUCCCCAGCCUGCCCACCGGCUUCUGCUCCAGCUUGGCGCAGGGCAUGGCGCUCACCUCCACGCUCAUGGCCACGCUGCCUGGUGGCUUCUCCGCAUCUCCCCAGCACCAGGAGGCGGCGGCCGCCCGCAAGUUCGCUCCGCAGCCUCUGCCGGGCAGCGGCAACUUCGAUAAGGCAGAGGCGCUGCAGGCCGACGCUGAGGACGGCAAAGGCUUCCUGGCCAAGGAGGGCUCACUGCUCGCCUUCUCUGCGGCCGAGGCGGUGCAGGCGUCUCUUGCCGGGGCUGUCCGAGGGCAAGGGAAAGACGAGUCAAAGGUGGAAGACGACCCGAAGGGCAAGGAGGAGAGUUUCUCGCUGGAGAGCGAUCUGGACUACAGCUCGGAUGACAAUCUGCCCGGCCAGGCGGCUCACAAGGAGGAAGACCCCAGCCACGCGCUGGAGGAGCCCCCGCCCAGCGGCGGCGCCUCGGGCAGCACCACGUCCACGGGCAAGAACCGGCGGCGGCGGACUGCCUUCACCAGCGAGCAGCUGCUGGAGCUGGAGAAGGAGUUCCACUGCAAAAAGUACCUGUCGCUGACGGAGCGCUCGCAGAUCGCCCACGCCCUCAAACUCAGCGAGGUGCAGGUGAAAAUCUGGUUCCAGAACCGCAGGGCUAAGUGGAAACGCGUGAAGGCCGGCAAUGCCAACUCCAAGACAGGGGAGCCCUCCCGGAACCCCAAGAUCGUGGUCCCCAUCCCCGUCCACGUCAGCAGGUUCGCGAUUAGAAGUCAGCAUCAGCAGCUGGAGCAGGCCCGGCCCUGA